GUCGGUCAGGCGGCGGAGCAGUCCAAAGGUUACAAGUCCAUCGCCAAGUUGCCCCCCGAGGAGGCUGCAGUCGUCGAGCAGAGCAAGCCGAAGCGCCUUCCACCCUUUGUUUUGUCGUUCCCGCACGAGGCCAGUCCCGUGCUCCACAAGGACUGGACGCUGGUCGACGGUGCAGCGUGGGACCCCGACAAGUUUGUUCUGGAAUUAAGGCUGCGGGGAGAGAGGAACAAGCUGAUACAUGAGUACCUCGAAGGCGGCUUCCCCGUGUGGUACCCGAGCUCGGGAAACUCCAUGUGGCCUCUGGUGCAGUCGCCACAUAUCAACACGAAGUACAUGUAUUGUGUGUGGUAUUGUCCUCUCGUGCGUCUCAUCUUAGGAGCGUGCCACUCGUUCAGGGACCCUGGCAUCCAGCUCGCUGGCCUCAG